AUGAAGGGAAACAUGGACCUCUCUGCUUUGCCAAACAACAACCAUCCUGAUAAAUUCCUACAGCUGGAGGUGAAGUCUUUAGUGAAAAACUCAACCUUUCUACAGGCCAGACUGGCAAAGUUCCCAGAAGCAGCUUUACCUGGAGUGCAACAGUGGCACAAUAGGAUCUAUUUACAGAGAGAAAAGAAAAACAUUACUGAGCUGCCUGGGUUGGAACUGAAUGGGGUCAGCCAAGAAAUGAUAGACAAAACUCUUGGGAAACACAUUACACCCGUCACACUGAAAUCCACAAUCAAGAGCAAUCCCUUGUAUAGCGAUUUCCAGGUGGAAGAUGACUGGGAGGAGAAGAGAAGGACCCCUUCCUGGACAGUGCAGGACUAUGACAGACAUUCACUGCAUUCUGACUUGGCCAGCCACAUAAAGGAAAAUCCUAAUGAUCUACGGUUCUGGAUGGGGGAUAUUUAUACUCCUGGGUAUGAUACCUUGUUAAAAAAGAAAGAGAAAGAAAGCAAGCAUUCUAAAUGGUGUCGAAUCAUCCUGGUAAUGGUACUAGCUGUUUGCAUCCUGUUGACAAUAGUCACGCUCAGUGUUUUACUUACUUAAUGCAGCCAAAAGCUGGUAAUGGAAGUUUUUCAAUAAACAUUUU